GAAAAACAUACAGGUGUGUUGCGCUACAACAGCAGGGUGUAAUUUUUUCUCUAGCAAAUUCAUUACACCUGGAACGGAACUUUAAUUGGUUCGCGAAAAAAAGUCUAUUCGUUAGUUCUGUAAACUCAUUCGGUUAGUGAAAUUUCGUACGGAAAAUUGUAUUCGUUUAAAAAUGCAGUCCGUGCUGGACAUGGAAACCUAGUAUAUUUCAUCCCCAACACUAUCGAUUGGUUGGUUAUCGGAGAGGAAUUUUGUGUGUGCAAAACUUGAAACGUCAUUCUUUAGAAGGUUGGAAUAAAUUCUGUUCUUUGGUUUACAGUGAUUCAUUGACACAAGUUGAAGUCUGAUUAGGAGAAAGCAAUUCAUUCAAGGUCAUUUAAAAAUGUCUAGUCAAAUUCCUCCGUUGUUUUGUCAUACUCCUCCCCCAAUGGAUUUCGACGACGAUGAAGAAGACGUCCCAGAACAGGAAGAAGAUGAUUUCGAUGAUUUUGCAGUGGCACCAACUGCUAAUGUGAAUACAGAUCUUCCUACGCCUAUUCCCUCACCAUUUCCUGGAUUUGCCACACCAUCCAAUUCACCCGUUAAAAAGCAACUAACCCAUAACCAACCAGAGAUAUUGCCAGCAAACGCGGAGUCUGUGACAGGAAAGGCUUCGGAUGAUUCAGAUUUUGAACCGCCUAGAAUCGAAAGUCCACCGUCGCUUAUUCUAUCUCAUAACAUCUACUCGGAGAAUGACCUACCCAGUGAGGAUGAUUUACCGGAUUAUGCGUUUAAUCAAGAAGCUCAGAAAAACGUUUCAAAUGGCGCUUCAGAAGCCGACGAUAAUUUAAGCAUUCCCUCCCUUCAACUUGAUACUGAGGUAUCUAAAUCUGUGACCCCCAUUCAUUUGUCAGAAAAUGAUGCAAGUGAGCAUAAUUUGUCGCCCAGGGAGCCAACGAUGGAAGAUCUAGCUAGAGAUGUAAUACAAGAAGCCGUUGUAACACCAGUUAUCGCGGAAGACCUGUGUUACAGGUUCGAUGAUAAUACCGAAAAUGAUUUCACGGAUUUCACAACCGCGUCUAAUGAACGUUCUGUAGUUUUGGAAGUACCAACAGCGAACGAUGUGUCUUUUGACGACGACUUUGCUCAGCUCGAAUCAACACCUUCAGCAGACAGUAAUUUUGUGUCACAGAGCAAAACCGAUUUCGCAACAUUCGAUGCAGAUUUCAGCAAAUUUGAUUCGUUCCCAGCGUCCUUUCCGGCGACUUUUGACGAAAUUGGUGGUACUUCAAAAGAUCUUUCCACAAAACAACCAAUGAGCUCGGAUGAAAAAACUUCUCCCGAUGCGCACAAGGAAAACGAUCUCUCGCUAGACGAUUUCGAUGAUUUUCAAGAUUUUGCCAAAUUUGCCACGGAUAGCAAUUCUGCAAAGACCAGUAAAGAUGAUACUGAAACCCACAAACCAUGCGCUGAUCUUGGUGAAAGUGACGAUGAUUUCGGUGAAUUUAGUGAUUUUAAACAGUCGGAUGUAAUACCUAAACCGGCGGCAUCCAUUCCGACUUCCCGACCUACUCAAAUUACCCUGGAAGAUAUCCUAAUUGUUAUAACUGGUUUGUUCCCAUCCUGGUCGGAAGAAACCCAAACCGACACUGGUCAAUUAACGGAUAAUUAUCUACAGAAUAAUCUUUACAACGAGCUAAAAGAUAUCGACACUACCAAAGCACUGGCUUUCCAGUAUAAUAAUUCGGACAGUAGUAAAACAUUGGUUCGUGCACUUGGAAUCGAUUCGAGGAAUAUACUGUUCGGUCCUAAAUGGAACAGCUCCAUGCCACGGUUUGCAGCAAAUUUAGGCUUUAGUCCAUUGGAACCCUUGAAGCCGGCAUCGACGACAACAAUUCCGAGAAGUACUAGUAGUAGCAAUACUGCAACCAUUUCUACUGUGGAAACAAAAUCGGAAACGGGUAUUAAAUAUCCGACUUUCGGUUCGGAUCAAUUGCCCCAGUCUGUUGGUGUCACCACCGGAAAUGUUCCAGCGGUGCAGUUUGACUGGAAUAGUUCCGGGUUGGUUAAUCCACUCGAUGCAUCACACGCACACACAUUAUUAUUGGACCUAGAACAGCUAGAGGUGAUGGCUAAUCUAAAAGAUAAAAUAAAUAUUGAUUCCUCCUCCUCCUCAUGUAACGCUAAUACUGUGCAAACGUUACCAUCAUCGUCGACAACGCCAACAAUUACAACAACAACAACAACAACAACCAAUCAAUCGACAAUGGUUAACAAUAUUAACACCACCAACAACACACGUAACGCUACUAAUUCAAAUCCCGACGGCGGUGGAUCACUGUUGGAUGAUAUGAACUUAUUUUGCACCAACCCGCCAACACCGCUGAAACCAACAAAUGCCUUUCCUGUUGCCGCUUGUUGUCCUGCGUGUUUCUCUACCGCCGUUAUUUGUACAUCAUCAUCACAACUAACAACUACUACUACAUCCACCACAACCAUCACCUCGAUGCACGGGGACUGUGACCACGCCACGCUGGUUACUCCCACCUGCUUCGAAUCCACUAACAACCUUCAAUCGUUCGAUGAUUAUUUGGAUCUUAGUGUACAAGAAAUCCUCCAAGAAAGCACCGGCACAUACCAGCCCAACAAGGAUGAGUCAACGAGCGAAGUUUUGGAUCAGAAAAUCUCAAAAAACUCAAGCGCGUCUACUGCAAAUGAAGUAGCUCCUGAAAUAUCCACUGCGAGUACAAUCGCAACUGCAGUCCUCCCAUCGGACUACAACGAGUAUGUCAGUAGCAAUCAACUAGAGUCAAUUCCUGCGACCAUCGUACACGCUUCGGUAACAUCAUCACCCUUCGUUUCAUCACCCGUGCAAGCAUCUACGUCAUCUUUGUGUUCGUCUCCCCUGGCGACAGCUGCUAAUGUUGUGAGGACGAUUAAAUUACCAGAAACGCAUAUAUUCACACCUAACAAAUGCGUCAGUCCGGUGUCACGAGACUCAACUGACCGUGCAACUGAUACGUACUGUGAGCCCCCAGGCGAUACGCAGUUUGAAACCAUUCCUAGUAAAGGUAUAGUGGUUCGAGAAUAUCACGAUGUGGAAUACAGCUUAGACAAAAAUUCCAGAAAAAAGUAUGAAGAAACUGAGCCUCCAGCACGAAAUGAUGAACUUGACGAUUUCCACGAGUUCCAAAGUGUUGGGAGUGUAGUUGUAGCGAACAACAUUAAAUUCGAACAAACAGGUGAUCAACGUGUUCCGGAAUCUAGAAGAACCCACCUGGAUGUUGGAAGUGAGUUCAAUUUCGUAGACCGAAAAGAAUUGACGAAUAACUACUCUAAGCCCGUUUUUGGCACAUCACCGACCGAAGAACUAGACCGAAUGGAUGACGAAUUUAGUGACUUCCAAGCCGCCGUACCGGUAACUGAAGGUGGAAGAACAGUUGUAAAUAAACCAAUUGCAAACGUGGCGAAUGAACAACCACGAUCGAACACUAGUUCUCCCAUACUUCUGAGCCCUUCGAUACUGUUGCCACAGCAGGCGAAACGAAACGAACCAGUUGAAGUCAAUCGUGGUGCGCAAAUAAAUUGGCCAGAGCCGGGCAUCAAUUCAGAAGAACUGGUAAGAUUGGAAGCAGCUUUUUCGGCCCCGAAAGUAGUUGUUCCAGCCAAUUCGUCAAGCAGUUGUUCUCCAAAACACGCCCAAAAUGCUGUAACCACCAAUGCGGUAGAUGAUGAAGAAUGGACCGAUUUUGUUUACUCUAAGCCAGCUACAAAUGAAAAAUCGUCUUUAAAAGACACAAAACCAGCCAACUCCACUCUCAACAAUUCCAAUAAUCAACAAGAGGAAUGGACCGAUUUCAUCUAUAGCACUCCAUCAACGCAAAAUUUGUCUUCUAGUCAAAACAAUUUUAACUAUCUGAAUUCUUUUGGCACCAGCAAAAUGACUGGUCCAAAAUUUAACGCUUGGAAUCAACCGCAACUUCCUCCACCACAAUUCACCUCAUGGAAUAGCAACAACUACUACUAUAAUGUGCACAGUAACAGUGCCAGCUUCGCCAAAUCCACUGUUCCAACUCAAAAAGUGCCAACUUUCCCUGCACAUACCCAGGCUCAGCAUAUAUCUGUCGCAAAUAACAAUCAUCAACAAGCACCGAUUGGAACUAACAUAUCCAGCCAGCUUCAGCGAUCUGGAACCUCAUCUGUAACUGGUAUACAACGACUACCAGAGUUGUCAUUCAUCACACCAAAUACACCAGCUGGUGGAAAUGCAUCAGGAGUGAAAACCCUCACACAUUCCUUCCUCAGUAACGUUAUUUCUAGUAAUAACUUUACCAAAAAAUGAUUGUUGUUGUACGGCGGUGGCAGUGGUGAGCAUACAGGCGGCGGUGUCAAGCGAGUUCCGCGGGUUUGCUUGCAUAGAUCACUAGACGGCACAGUUUUAAAACGGCAGCAAAUUUCAGUCGCCUCCGAAACUUCGGUCGGUGUCACCGUAGGGGACGUCAUCAUGUAAUAAAUCAAAGCACGCUUUCUCCCAGAACAUCACUCCACAUUUCCCAACUGAGCGGAAAUAAGGUGUAAUAAAAUUAAAAACUUUAGGACAAAAUUUCCUAGUGAAUUGUAAUCGUAUUUGUUUGUUGCGCUAAAUUUUAUUUAGCAAUUUUAUCAUUUCACCGAGCUUGUAAAAUUAAUUCGUUAUUCCGUUAGAAUAUUUUUUUUUCAUACCACCAAAAAGACAUUGUAGGCAUAUAUGAGUAGGCGUCGACGAAGGAACGUAUGAAGCAAAUUGUUUUAUGUUGUACUUAACACAUAACGCAUAGACUAAGAACAAACAGAAGCUCGUGAAUACAUAUUUCUGCAGCGUUUUUGCGCAUUAGAAUUACUAUCAGCAGUUUGAAUGCACUUUGAAUAGGGUUGAAACCUAAGCGAGUAUUCAAACAGCAUUGUGUAGUUAAAUGUAACAAAUAGUAAUUAAUAGUGAUUAUAUUUAUGUGUGUCGCGCGGCUAGUUUGAAAUGUGCAGAUCAAUUUUUAAUGAAUAAAGGGGAAACAUAUUAUUUAUUUAACAUAA